AUGCCCGGCCGUACACUCCCUACCAUCACUCGUGCAGAGGUGGAAGCACACAACACCAAAAAAUCAUGCUAUGUGACAAUCGGCGAACGUGUUUUUGAUGUAACAGAUUUUGUCGACGAUCAUCCAGGAGGUGGUGAACUGAUCCUCGAGUAUGCGGGGAAAGAUGUGAAGCAGAUCAUGGAGGAUGAGGUGUCACACUACCACUCUGAAGCCGCCUACGAGAUCUUGGAAGAAAGUCUCAUCGGAUUCAUGCCGACCGAACGCGUCCUCAAAGCUGCCGUCAACUCAUCGCAUCCUGACCAAGUCGUGCCUCUUCCCGCAACGGCAGAAGGCAAGGAGGAUCUGAAGGCGGAAGGCGUGGAUACCGACGGGCUACCAACGCGACAGAUCUUCGAGACCACCGGAAUGUCUUCUGAAGAGGACCUUUCCAAAGACACGGACCUCGAACUCGAUUGGAAGACACACAAGUUCUUGGAUCUCAACAGACCUCUAUUCCCGCAGAUGCUGUUCAGCAACUUCUCGAAAGAGUUCUACCUUGAACAAAUCCACAGACCCAGACAUUAUCGCGGAGGAGACUCUGCACCGCUCUUCGGAAACUUCAUGGAACCGCUCAGCAAGACGGCCUGGUACGUUGUGCCCAUUAUAUGGCUUCCACUGGUUUUCUACGGCUCGUACGUGGGAAUAUCACACCUCCCGCCGGUUCAAGGCCCGGCAUAUUGGUGUCUCGGUCUCUUUCUAUGGACGUUGGUGGAGUACCUGAUGCACCGAUUCCUGUUCCAUAUCGACAAAGCGAUGCCUGACCACCCUGUGGCUCUGACACUACACUUCUUGCUCCACGGAAUUCACCACUAUCUGCCCAUGGACAAGUAUAGGCUGGUGAUGCCGCCCGCGCUGUUCCUCAUUCUGGCCACGCCUUUCUGGCACCUCGCGCACGCUGUGUUCCGGUACAACUGGUACGUCGCUCUCACGGUCUUUAGCGGCGGCAUUUUCGGCUACGUCUGCUACGAUUGCACGCACUACUGGCUCCAUCACCGACAGUUGCCUAGCUAUGUGCGUGACUUGAAGAAGUACCAUCUGGCCCACCACUACCAGAACUUCGAAUUAGGUUUCGGCGUGACGUCAAAGUUCUGGGAUCUCAUCUGGGGCACGGAGCUGCAAUAUGCGAAGCCGAUCAAGUCUUCGUAA